AUGCCUGUUACAGAAAUCAAUUCGUUUCAAGAAUUUCAAGAUAUCAUUAACAGCGAUAAGCCCGCUAUAAUCGACUUCUGGGCAGUAUGGUGCGGACCUUGCCGAAUGAUUUCACCUAUUUUCGAGAAGUUCUCGGAUGAAUCUGGUUCGAGCAAUGUCGGAUUCUACAAGGUCGAUGUCGAUGGACAAGAACAAAUUGCUCAAGAGGUCGGCAUACGUGCAAUGCCAACCUUUGCUGUCUUUCGGCACGGGGAAAAGGUUGAUGUCUUGACUGGAGCCAAUCCAUCAGCUUUGGAAAGCCUUGUUCGCACUGCAGCUUCUCUUUAG